AUGUGCCAUAACACGCCGAACUGGGUGGAUGUCCUCCCUACAGUACUACUCGGGUUACGCACCCAUUUACGUAUGGACACAAAAGCCUCUCCGGCCGAAUUCUUGUACGGUACGGUAUUACGGAUUCCGGGAGAAUUUUUCCUCGAGGAAGAUUUUACACCGGAUCCCCAAAUCUUUGUAGACGACUUUCGACAGCACAUGCGUCAGGUGAAGCCGGUACCAGUGGCACACCAUUAUAAAAAGCGCGUUUUCCAAUUCAAGGAAUUGUCGAAGUGUUCGCAUGUCUUCCUCCGUAAGGACGCGGUUAAAAAGCCCUUAGAGCGGCCGUAUUCGGGCCCCUUUAAGGUACUUGAUAGGACAUCGGAUAAAGUCUACAACAUAGAAAUUAACGGCAAACCCACGGCCGUAUCAAUUGAACGGCUCAAGCCGGCUCACUUUAUACCGGACGACAUUCCAAUCGCUAACGAUUCAUCCUCUUCCGACGCUACGGACAAGCCUGCCGCUUCGACAAGCGCUUCGUCCGAUACAGUAAAAACCUAUUCUGGUCCAAAGAAAAAAGUACAAAUUAGACUAGAUAAGAAUACG